AUGCCCAAAGACCCUAUAGACAUGAGCCGGAAUGGCGAAUAUUUAGCAAAUAUGGAGAAUGAGGGCGAAAAUGGUGCCUUAGACUCCCAGCAAGAAGUCAUAGAGAUUUUGACGGAUGAUGAGGAAGAUAAUCGUGAGUCCAGCUUCGGUAGCAAUAACAUUACGAAUAGUGAAGAACCUCUUUUUGUUAGGGAGCAUAAUGACGAUGAUGACAUACAAAUAACAGGAGCAAAUACCAUGAAUGCUAACGAGAGAGCACCCAGAAUAAUACGGCGUCGUAGUAACGCAGCACAUAUGGAUCAAUCAAGGAAUGUCAGGAGGCGACAUAAUGAUGAUGAGGAUGACAUACAAAUUAUUGAUGAACGCCCAGCAGAAAGACAGCUCAUUCCGCCAGUAGAUAUGCUCCCUAGUUAUGCAUCUGAUAGUCUUCGUCGGAGAGUGCAAGGAAUUGAAACCCCAAUAGGGGUAUUUCAAUCCAACGAAAACAGUAGUACGUCUUUCUCAGGAUCUGAAAGCGAACGAGGUCUCAGAUACACAGAGCCGCCUCGUCGGAAUCCCUUAAGAUCAAGAAGGGCAAGGAGAAUGAGACCUCCAAGAAACGAUUUUGUUGCAUUGGAUCAUUUUGUACUAUCACAACAAUUAUAUCACAAUCUAUAUGGAAAUUGGAAUGGUCACGAAGACCUUCCUAAUGCAGACGCAGUCGAAGGGUCUGUCAUGGCAAGAAUUGAAAGGGAUAAUGAAAAUGCAGUAGAUCAGAGAUUACAAAAUGAGAAUAUAUUUAACAGGGCUGCAUUAAAAAACAAAAAGGAAAUUGCAGAGAAAGAAUUGCCUGGGUAUACUAAUGACAUUAAACCUGACUCAAAUAUAUGCUGCGACUUAUGUGGCAUAAUUUUAGGCGAAGGUAUUCCAGACGAUUUUAAGCCUGAUGUAUAUUACAAUGAUGAAGAAAAUUUUAAAAAGUUUUGUGAGGAUUACAAAGUGCAAGCACCAUGGUUCUGUAUUAGACAAUGCUUACCUGUUGAUGUCGACUUAUCAAAACGUGUAUUUGUUGCAAAGUGUGGUCAUAUAUAUUGUGGAAGAUGUGUAAAGAACAUAGGGAACAGGCCUUCAGGGCGGAGAAAACAAAAUCAAAAGUUAACGAUCGACAACCCUUUGGUGUAUGCACCAAGGAAGUGUACAAACUCUGAAUGCAAUCUGUCUUUCACAGGGAAGAAGUCAUUCACAGAAUUGUAUUUUUAA